AUGCCAGCUCAGCUUCACUAUCGUUCACCCAAAAGCGAAGCGAGUCCCGAUUCAGCCGGCCCCGUAUACAAAUCUUCCUCCAUCUCGUCGCCCGAAGAUCUGGGCCUAUCAUCCAAACCAAAUAGUCGCAAGCGAAAAUCAUCAAUCGACGUUGAUGAUGACGAUGACGACGAUCUCGAUGGCCACCAACCGGUGAAAAAGACGGCGCAUAAUAUGAUCGAAAAGAGAUAUCGCACUAAUCUCAACGAUAAGAUAGCAGCUUUACGAGAUAGUGUGCCAAGUCUACGAAUUAUGUCCAAGAGCGCAAGGGGAGAAGAUACCACAGAAGAUAGGGAAGAAUUGCAUGGCUUAACGCCUGCGCACAAGCUAAAUAAAGCGACGGUUCUAAGCAAGGCUACUGAGUACAUUCGACAUUUAGAGAAGAGAAAUUUACGACUUGUCGAUGAGAACACGCAAAUGCAACAACGAAUAGCGGCCUUUGAGAAACUGUUCAUGGCGGGCGCGAUGAAUGGCGCGGUCAGCCCUCUACAACAAGGAACCCCCUCUACACCUAUACAAUACGCGCACGAACCGAAUGGGUAUGCGAACUCGGCCAUGGGCACACCAGGUCGGGCCGAUCCGCAAGGCAUGAUCCAAGUACCGGAUGAUAUGAAACGUAUCAUCGCUGCCCAAUUAGCUGCCAACCAACCGUAUCCGGUACCACCGGCGCCAUAUAGAGGCAACCCUGCCCUCAUGCGUCAACAGCAGAUCCAGCAACAGCAGCAGCAACAUAUGCAGGCGAGAGGAUGGCAGAAUGCCGGCCCCUACUUCGGCAAAUUGAUGGUCGGUUCCUUGGCUGGGCUGAUGCUUCUAGAAGCAGUCCGGGAGAAUGAGCAGAGCAACGAUACACCUGAGGGUCGUGGUCUCUUCGCAUUACCCAUACAGCUUCUUAAGCUACUUACCUCUUCACUGGACAUCAACUUCAUGGGGUAUCAUGUCCAGGGCGUACAAGUACUCUACUCGAUCAGAGUUGUGUUGCUACUCUGUUGUAUCUGGUGGGCCGUGAUACCUUCGCUCAUGGAGCGCAAGACUCCCGGCAUGGAUGGCUCCAAACAACAAGCGCAAGCGUCCUUGAAGGCGGUGCCAUCACUGGCAUCGCCUAUUCAUGUACGCCGCCAGGCAUGGCUUACAGCUAUCCAAACCGUCUGGGUUCCCCGUCAUAACUUCUUCCUCGAGGCUGCAGCUCUCGGUCUUAAGACACUGAAACUGAGCCUUAGGAAUAUGAUUGGAAUUCAUGGCUACCAAAUGCUGACGGGCCUUACCGAAGAACAAGAGCUUGCUCGUGUCAAGGCGUGGGCAAUCGCUCUAGACGCCCAACUAGCUGGAGGAGAUGUUGAGAUAAGCAAGAGCCGACUCACGUUAACCUUACUCGCUUCCGGUACUCUCCCAACUACUCCUCUUCGACUCAUGCUAAAGGCACUUCACAUUCGUGUCCUCUUGUGGGAAGUCGGCCUUUCCGGUAUUCAGCUUGGUGUAUUCAAUACUUUCGCAUCGAAACUAGCCAGAGCUAAGUGGAAUGAGGCGAAACAUAUGCAUAAACUCCUGACACAACUCCGCCGUAACGGCCAAGAGCAAUCCGACGAUGACCUACCUGACCAUCUAGCUGCGUUGCUCGAGCAAGAUUGCGAUACGGUCCUAAACCCGAGUAUUGUUCAGAGAGCACAUAACCUUGCCUGGAAUCGCCCAACCGUCUACAAUGCUAUCGGAAUUAGUGAUGGUAUGGACACUGUCGUGGAUGACCCAGCAAUCCGCUCGCCAAUGGACGCGGUCGCGGCUUGGCGAUCAAAUAUGACGUUACAAGGUGCACUUACAAAUAGUCUACUAGCUAAGGAGGAGGACGACCCAGAAAUGGUCCAGCAAAUCGAAGACGACAUCUCUCUGGCUAUUAGGACCGCACCGAUCGGCUCUAUCGCUCAAAACCGUGCCCUUGUAGCACGCGCACUGAUCUUCGAGGAAAAACGAAACUUGAACAUCGUGGCAGCAUUACAAGCUAUUGGUCCCGUGACGCCCAGUCUCGCAUCAAAUAGCCCCUUAGGCAGUCCAACUCGCUCGUCAUCAUCUGCGUCGUCCACCCCUCUUAAGGAGCUUCCUCCUUCAUUGAUCAUGACUACUGAAAUGCGAACUUCACUGCUCUGUGCUAUGGCCAUCGCACACCUCCAGAAAUUUUCUCCGCCAGAGGAGCCUGUCAAUAUCUACGCUGUCAUCGAUCAGAUUCACCCUAUCAGCGACAUGGGCUUGCUUGGGUAUACCGCAACUUUCAAGUUGAUGGACCGACUUGCGAGUCACGAGUUUGCUGCUGAGGCAUGUUCCGAUACUCUUGAGCGCCUUUCGGGCACAUUACGAAUCUGGACCGGGAAAGACUGUGGACUUGAACCCGAAGUUAGACACCAGAUGGUUGAGCGAUGCUUGGCCGUGACCCGCGGUGUUGUGGGAAUGGGUCUUGAUACUGACACUGGUUAUGGUAGUAGUGAGUAA